AUGGAUUUCAAUCCAUUCCAAGACUCUGCAAAAUUUGUUGAACUACUAAAUAGUCAACAAAAGGUAGUCUUUGGCAGUCAAGGCAGUGCUUCUCGGUCAUCAUCGCAAGUUCCUUUCUUCAGUCAAGGUACAGAGGAAGGUCGCGAUCUUCCAGCAGAGCGUAAGGAGCGAAGAGCGUGGACUCCAACAGAUGAUAUAGUGCUUAUUAGCUCGUGGUUGAACACGAGCAAGGAUCCAGUUGUUGGGAAUGAGCAGAAGUCAGUCGCUUUCUGGACAAGAGUUGCAACAUACUUUUCAGCUUCUCCUAAGCUUGCUGGCAGUGAAAAAAGAGAGGGUCCUCAAUGCAAGCAACGCUGGCACAAGCUGAAUGAAGCAGUUUGCAAGUUUGUGGGGCGUAUGAAGCAGCCACAAGAGAGAAAAGCAGUGAAGUUCACUCUAGAACACGCGUGGAAGGAGCUCCGCCAUGACCAGAAGUGGUGUGAGGUCGCUGCAGCUAAAAAUGAAAGCACCUCCAAAAGAAGGAAGUUCGAGGAUGGAAGUCAUUCAGCCAGCUCUCAAGUCCCUGAAAACCCUGCUGCUGUGGAUGGAACAUCUCGUCCCCCGGGUGUUAAGGCUUCAAAAGCUCGUGGGAAGAACCCACAGGCUGAGGAGAAACGGCUGUCUGACUUCCAGAGUAUGUGGAGCAUCAAGCAGAAUGACUUGGCAAUGAAGGAAAGACUCUCCAAGCUGAGGAUACUUGAGAAUCUUCUUGCAAAAGACCCACCACUAGCUGAUUAUGAAGAAGUGAUUAUGAAAAAGCUGAUAAAUGAGUUGAUGAGUACUACUUGUCAUGUCAAGGUCAAGAAGAUCGAACUUGAACUUGUGAAGGAGUACUUCUUUGUCUCUGCGUUUUAA